CUAUACCUGACUGACACCGCAUAUACUAAAGCUGCAAUGCUCCCCUACAAUUGGAGCCAACUUGCAUUCAUCAUACCGCCUGCAUCGGGGUCUGCCUGCAUGAAGCUAAUGUUGUGGGGUGGUGAGUGUGAUGGUGAACGAUUCAUGCAUACUGGUGCGGAGAUAGUUGCGAUAAAUCUUCAUACUCUGAACGGACCUGCUCGGGAUGAUUCUAGGAUCCGAGAUCACCCCCUCUUCCCCCCCCCCAAAUUAUGCAACUAGGAAACGCGGGAGCGCCUCGGUGUGACACAGAUGGAUUUCAAGAAUAGGCGAAGUGGACCAGGAAAUGAAGCCGUUCGUCCGGCGCAAU